UAAACAAAAAAAAAAAAACAAAAUAAAUACAUUUUUUAAAUAAUUUUGUUAUUUUUAUGAAAUAAAACAGAAAUAAUUACAAUAAGCAUGUCUCUCAGUAAAAUUUAUAGUAAAGUUUUUGGCGAACAAAUUCUCAAUGAAUCGUUAAAUAAUGAAAAUGAUAGAAAUUCAUUUACAAAUCAACCGGAUCCUCCACUUAUAGAACAAAUUCGCUUAGUAAGAUUAUGGCUAGAUCGAAAAUUACAAGUCACCGGAGAAAAUUGCGAAAACAUAAUUUCCCAACAUGAAUCGCAAAAUAGUUCCCGGCUAGGUCCGGAAAAAGUAAUGUUCGACACAUAUGAAAGUUCUACCAUACGAAUAUCCUGCGAUAGAUUAAGUAUACGCUCCCAUGGCAGUUUUAAUACAAUAAAAGCAAAUGUUUGUGUUUUUGAAGGAAAGUGGAUGUACGAAGUUCAAUUACAUAGUAAAGGUGUCAUGCAAAUUGGAUGGUGUUCCAACAAUUGCACUUUCAAUGAAAAUAGUGGUGUUGGAGAUACUGUACACAGUUAUGGCUAUGAUGGGAGUAAACAACAAAAGUGGCAUAUGUCUUCAAACAAAUAUGGUGAAAUUUGGCAAAUAGGGGACAUCAUAGGCGUGUGCUUGGACAUUAACAAAAGCAUUAUAGAAUAUUAUAGGAACGGCGUAUCAAUGGGAAUAGCUUUUAAAAAUAUAGAAAAAGGGCCAGGAAUUGUCUUUUUUCCUGCUGUAUCUUUGGGUUACAGAGAAGGUCUUAAGGCUAACUUUGGAAACUCUCCUCAUCGUUUUCCUGUAUCUGACUAUAAUACUUUACAAAUUAAACCUUUUAUAAAGUUAGAAAAAGCAGAGCUUUUACUCCGGUACACUAUUAACUUAGCUGGCAUUAUUUCACGUCCGAAAUAUAAAGAAAAGGAAAAGAAAACGCAGGAUGGCCGAUUUUCAACCAAAAAAAUUAUUCAUGUUCUUCUUAGCUCAUUAGUUAUUGAAUAUUUAGCAAAAAAUAUCUUAGACCCAUAUGUAAUUGAGGAAAUAUUUCUUCCAUAUAUAAUGCAUUUGUGUGUUGUAAGUUCUGACGUACAUAAAGGCAACGCUCUAUUAUCUGCCAGCUUAGAUAGCACACUCGGUACAUUUCUUAAUAUGCUUUGGAAUUAUCUUCAAUAUGAUGAAAUGAGUUUUGUCAUGAAACAGCUUUUGAAUAUUCUGUUAAGUAGGUUUAGUCAAACAGCGCAAGGACUUGAAAACGAGACACAAUGUAAAGUUAUUUUCGUUUUAAAUUCUCUUUGCGCUCAUCCUAUAACAAGAAAAUUUUAUUUGGAGAACAAACUUUUUAAGAAACAUUGUUUAGCAAUUUUGAUGUACUUAAGACCCCCUGAGUACUCAGCUAUGAUAAAAGUUCUGCCCGAUGAUAUAGUGUGGACCAAGGGAAUAGGUGGUUCAAAAGAAGAAUAUUCACUGGCUUCAAAUAGCUUAGCGAAAUCUGUUGACGCUCUAUAUACUUUGCAAAUAAAUUUUCUCCGAACUUUGCUUACAAAUACUGAUGGUGAUUCAUCAUUUCCUUCGAGUAGAAAAAUUUUUACAAAUAAAUUAAGAAGAUACGUAAUUGAUGCUAGCAUGGAACAAAAGCCGUUGCAGUCGCUUUUUUUGAUGCAAAGUAGUAUCCAUCAUCCCAUUGAAUCACCUGUGGCUCUAUCCUUUCUUUGCAUACUUCUUAAUGUUUUCCAACAAUUACUGAGAGAAGAGACAACUUGUCCAUCAUUAGCAAUUGAUCCAAAGUUAUUCUUCGACGGAACUUUGGAAUACCAACAUUUUGAUAGAGUAGGAGGUGUCUUGUCACAUCUAUAUAAAGUUCAUAGAAAUGAACUGGCAAAUGAAAUAGGAAACGAUAGAGUUACAGCUUUAAGCCACCAGGAAAGUAAUUUUAUAUAUAGUAGUGAUAUGGAUACAUCGAUACUCAUAACUCCAGCUAAUUUAAAUAGCAGCUCAAUACAUGGCCAGACUGCAAGGAAUACAACCGCUGGAGUAUCACAUAUACUAUACAAUAGUCAUCAAAUGGAAAAUCCCAAUCCAGGAAAUGCAGCUACAAUUCAAUCGCUAUAUGAACUUCUUGAUAUUGGAACUUUGUAUUAUUACUCUGUUGGUCAUAAAUAUAUUGUAAAGAUAUCUUCUGUUCGUGAUGAACUAGCUGCUUUGAAUGAUAAUCUGGUUAGAACCAAGAGAAGUAGAUGUGAUGUUGAAAAGUUAGUUAGCGAUUUAACAAAUAUGAGUAUAUCCAACUUUAACGCAAUAAGAAAUGAAAUGAUAUUUGAGCUUAGUGAGCAAUUUGGUCAGCGUGAAAAUGUUUUUACUAAACGGUCUCUUGAACUAGCUCGAAAACAAGCAUGGUACCGGUCUGUUGCUCUUGGUAAACAAAGGAGAAAACUUUUAAUAUGGCUGUUGAAUGCUACAUUGUACACAUUGAAAAAAUCAUCGGAAAUGGGAACAUUAUUUGCUUUUGUGCCUGAAGUAUACAUUAAUAUUUUACCAAUUCUCUUAGAUACUGUUUUAGAUUUCAGUUUUCAUGAUCUCAGCCUGCAAUUUGAUAUCAGUGAUGCAUCCGAGGAGAUUUCAUUAGCUGGAGCUUUUCUUAGUGAACAUUCUGCCGACCCUAGAAUAAUACUAGCUUCGUGUAAAGAUUCUCUUUUGCAAGCUUUGGGAACAUUGAUUUGCCACGAAGCAGGUAUUCGAGCAUUGGAAGCUUCUCCAAAGAGAUGCCAAGAAUCACUAAUACAAGCUUUACUUAGGCCAUAUGAAAACAGAGCCUGGGGCCAAAGUAAUUGGAUUUUACUUCGAUGUUGGUUAGGCGAUGGAUUUGCAUAUAAAGACUCUCGGCAACCUAGUAUUUGGCAAGGAUGCAAUGAUCAGUUAAUAAUGGGCUUAUGUAGAAGACGAGCAAAGAGUGAAACACAUACAGGACUUUUACAUCAUGUUGCCCCAGCAUAUCCGUCCAAAUAUUUCCAAGAAUUGAUUGGUCAGCGGUUAGUUGAAAACGAACCUUAUGCAACAGCAUUUUUAAAUUCAGUAUUAAGCCAGCUUAAUUGGGCAUUUUCUGAAUUCAUAUUGCUUCUACAAGAGAUUCAAAAUACAGCAAACCGACAAGAAAGUACCGUAUUUGAUUCGAAGCAAUUCAAAAUUUGUUCCAUGUGUUUUGAGCUAACAGUUUCACUUAUGCGUUGCUUAGAAAUGGUUAUAUCUGUUGCUCCAGACAUUGUACAAGAAUCAUCGCGAACAAAUAGUGAUUUAAUAUUAAAUAGAACUUGUCAGUUGAUAAGCCAAGUAAUGUCACGAGUAUGCGUAGCACCUGGAUGUUUUCAAUUCAUCGUUGAUAUGUGUUCACCAGACUUGAACUCUGUAACCCAUUUUGCUAUUAUUACGGCAGCAAUUGGAAUUUUGCUCGCCUUGAUGAAAAACGAAAUAAACGAAGAUCAAAAACCAACGAAGAUUACUCGUGUCGCACGCUCACUACUUACCGAACCAAGUUUUCAAAUAGCAAAUUUAGAAUUUGCUAUUGGCGAAUUCAUAACACCUAUUCCGCAAAAAAUUGAUAUUCCCAGGGGAAAUUUUAAUCCACAUGCCAGAGCUCAUAUUGAUCCACUUACAAAUGAUGUUCGAGUGCCAAUACCAUCAACAUCUAAUAAACGGAUGCGAUCAGAGCCAUCUGUAGUUAUGUUCUCAUUAUAUGACUAUCCUACCCACGUUACGGAGGAAGAAAUUAAAAAAUUCAGAAAGCUAAUUGAAAUACUCCGUAUUAAACAAUCGCUUUUGUCUGACAUAACUUUGCCGUCUGAAGAUUCACUGUGUCCCAUUUGUUGUGCCAAACCGGUUGCUGCAACCUUUAAUCCAUGCAAACACCAAUCAUGCAGUAAUUGCAUCCUGCAACAUCUCAUGAACAGCAAACUCUGUUUUUACUGCAAGACAUUAAUAAAAGAUAUCGAAAAUGGAGAUGGUAAAAUUAUAUAUGGACCUCUGGUUUACGAAUAAAUACAAUUUCUGACUGAGCAGUGACGCGUUUAUGCAUUAAAAUUUUUUAAUUAAAUUCAAUUAUAUAGGUGAUUAAAUUUUGUAAAUUUUUUUUUAAGAAAUUGAUUAUUUAUUGUAGAAAUUAUUUCUUUUAGAGAUAUUAUGAUUAAAUAAAUUAAAAAUAGAUUUAUCUAUUACGGAUUUUAACUACAAAUAUAUUUUAUAUUAAAAUGCUUAUUAAAA